AAAAAGAUUGGCAGGUAGAACUGACAAUAGCAUUGCCGCUAAUAGAGUACCUUUGACCAAUGUGUUCACUUUGCAUUCUGUUGGGGGCGGUAGUUUUAAAAUUCCCGGUUAUUGAACCGCUGUUUUCAAUCGUAUAGAUAGCUAACGUUAACGGACACAGCCAGCUGCAGAGACAUGUAUUCUGUCUCAAAAUACUGUAAUAUGAAAUAUUUAGUAAGGGUUAUUGAAGUUUAUGGGCCUUAAUAUUAGCUAGCUAGCUAACGCAGCUUGUUUGAUACUCUAUUUCAGACAGGGGGGCUAGCUUGUGAUAUUACAAGAUUGCAUGAGACACUGAACAACUAAAUAAUCAAAUUCAAUGUUAGCCAGUUAGUAGACGUUAUUUACACAUCAUUGCACUUCGUCAGAAAUAGCCAUGGAAGUGGGAACUGUUGUGCAGGAAGAAAUGAAAUUUCGUGGAGUGGAGUUCUCGAUAAAGACAGAACUGGAAGAGGGCUUACUCACUGUGGAGAUUUCAGACGUUAUGACAGCUGAUCAGUGGAGAGGGGAGUUUGAUCCUGCCUAUAUUGAAGACCUCACACGCAAGACUGGCAAUUUCAAACAAUUUCCGAUCUUCUGCAGUAUGCUGGAGUCUGCAGUCUGCAAGAGAAGUGAGUCGGUCACUCUUGACCUGUUGACCUAUGCUGACCUGGAACUACUUCGCAACCGAAAGGCUGGUGUGGUUGGCCGGCCCCGUGGCCAGCAGCAGUCCCCUGCCCUGAGUGCCAAACGAUAUCUCAUCCUUAUUUACACUGUUGAGUUUGACAGGAUACACUAUCCUUUGCCCCUGCCAUAUAUGGGAAAGCCAGACCCAGCUGCUCUGCAGAAAGAGAUCCGAGCGCUGCGUGCUGAACUAAAUGCACUCCCUAGAAAAGGAGACGCCAGACCCUCAGACUAUGAAACACGCAGACUACGAGCCGAACUAGCCCUGGUCAGAGACGAGAAGGAUGCCCUUGCCAAAACUCUGGAGCGACUGCAGGUCGUGGGGUCGGGCUCCACCCCUGGCGGGUCCAGAGGGCUGCGAGAUGUGGUGCGGAACCUGGAGGAGCAGCUGCUGAGAGAGCGAGCCAAGGGCCAGCGCUCAGCAAGCAAAAGGGGACAGGAGCAGCGCGUCCUGAUGGAGCAGCUGGAAGAGCUCAGGGCUUCUGAACGAGCGCUGCGGAUUCGUGUGAAAAGUCUGACAAACGAGCUUGCUCUGCUGCGCCGUGGGCUGACUCCUGUAUCAGGGGGGUGCGGCGGUGGGCCGCGGGGAGACACAGAGAUCCACCGCUCUUCCUCCAGAGAGCGCAGUGUGAGCCGGGUGAUCGUGAGGGGCCGCUCAGGAUCCCGCGAGCGGAUUGACGACAGGGGUCGGAGGUCAGAGGAGAGGGGCAGGAGAGCUGAUUCCACAGGGCCACGGGCCUACACAUCACGACCCUCUCCUUCUCCCACAGGAUCAAGGGGUCCCAGGUUUGACCCUACUGCAUACAUCCAGGACCGACAACGUCGGCAGAGAGAGUCAGAGAUAAAAAAUCAGAGGAAGAUGAGGAGGGACAUGCUCGUGUCGCCCGCUCUGGUGGAGCGAGGGCGCUCCCGCUCCCGGGAGAUCUGCCCCCAGCUGGUGAGGACGGGCAGCGGCGGGCGGGGCAGGAGCCUCUCGGCAGAGAGCCGCAGGAGCCAGCGUUCCUCGGGGAGCUCCGUGACUGACCUGGACGAGCUCGCCAAGCCCCUGUCGUCACGAGGGAGAAAACUCAUCUAUAACGGCCCCACCUCAAUACAGACUAGAGGCAGACAUCUGAGCAAAAAGCCCAUGUGCAGCACACCAACCCGGAGGAUGAAGAUGAACGACCGAGGGGCAGAGACGUCCAUGGACACCGGGGCAGACCUGUCCGAGAUAGACGCUCGACUCCAGGCCCUUCAGGACUACAUGAGGGAGCUCGACACUGGACACUGAUGCUUUUAAAAAUACAUUCCCCCCCAUGUGCGCCAAGCUACUGUUUGAACGUGGACAGAAUGGAUGAGGACUGUGACUGUUGAAACACGCGUUGAUUUUUUCCAUGUAUGUCCUGAGAAGGUGUAUAGUACGCCAUACCUUUUUUUUUUUACCCACAUGAACUUUCCUUGGAGCUGGACUCGUAAUUAAGAGAUGCACGUUAAGAAAUGAAGCCACUGUUGCCAUGUAGACCUUUAUUAUAAGGGACAUGUUUCCCCCAAAAGCCCCUAACCUCAGGGCCUGUAGACGUUGACAAUCCUUGUGAUGACCGCCAUGUCCUUUGUUUGACACUUUGAACUUGUAAAUAUCGUGUUUUAUUCUAUCCGUUUCAGUUUUUCUCUUGGUGAAAGAUUUUGAAAGAUGGUGUUUUAUAUAAAUUACAUUGUGUUUGAGUCUUUUUAAUUUUUUUUUUAAAACAUACUCAUACUACUGGGCAGUUACUGAAGUAGUUACUACCUAACUGAACUACACUAUUAUUACUUUCUGCAUAUACCUGCAUAUACUGGCCAAGAAAAUAGCCCAUUUUGUA